AUGGUGCGAGGGCUUCUUCUGAUGGUCACUUUCCUCCUCUCUCCAGUUUCAGUAAAUGCUGUAAAAGAACUCCCUGGGGCAAAGAAGUAUGAAGUGGUUUAUCCUAUGAGACUUCAUCCACUACAUAAAAGAGAAGUCAAAGAGCCAGAGCAACAGGAUGACUGUUACUAUCAAGGACACAUCAUUAAUGAAAAAGUUUCUGAUGCUAGCAUCAGCACAUGUAGGGGUCUAAGGGGCUACUUCAGCCAAGGAGAUCAAAGGUACUUUAUUGAACCUUUAAGCCCCACAAAUCAGGAUGGACAGGAGCAUGCACUCUUCAAGUAUGAUCCCAGUGAAGAGAAUGACAACAGCACCUGUGGGAUGGAUGAUGUGUUAUGGGCACAUGGAUUGCUGGAGAAUGUUGACCUCUCUGCCACCAGACUGGUCAAAUCGAAUGACCAGAAUGUUCAGAAACGUAAGAGAUACAUAGAAUAUUAUUUGGUCCUGGAUAAUGGUGAGUUUAAAAAGUACAAUGAAAAUACAGACGAAAUAAGAAAGAGGGUGUUUGAGAUGGCCAAUUACAUCAACAUGCUUUAUAGAAAGCUCGAUUCUCAUGUGGUCUUAGUUGGUAUGGAAAUCUGGACUGACGAGGAUAAGAUAAACAUAAACCCAAAUGCAAACGUCACCUUGGAAAAUUUUUCUAAAUGGAGGGGGAGUGACCUCUUAAGAAGAAAGCAUCAUGAUGUUGCUCAGUUAAUCACGGCAAAAGAACUUUCUGGAACGACCGUGGGCCUUGCUUUCAUGUCUACAAUGUGCUCUCCUUAUCAUUCCGUUGGCAUUAUUCAGGACCACAGCGGCAAUCAUCUUAGUGUUGCGGCGACAAUGGCCCACGAAAUGGGCCACAACUUUGGAAUGUUUCACGACGACUAUAAUUGCAAGUGCCCUUCUGUAAAGUGUGUGAUGGACAGAGCACUAAGCUUCCAUGUACCCGCAGACUUCAGUUCCUGCAGCCGUGUCAGCUAUGACAAGUUCUUUGAAGAUAAAUUAUCAAAUUGCCUCUCUGAUGUUCCAUUGCCUACAGAUAUCAUAUCCAUCCCAGUCUGUGGAAACCAGGUGGUAGAAAUGGGAGAGGACUGUGAUUGUGGCACGCCUGAGGAAUGUACCAACAUUUGCUGUCACGCUGAAACUUGUAAAAUCAAAGCAGGUUUUCAAUGUGCAUUAGGAGAAUGCUGUGAAAAAUGCCAAUUUAAAAAGGCUGGGAAGGUGUGCAGAUCAGCAAAAGACGAGUGUGACCUGCCUGAAAUGUGUGAUGGCAAAUCUGAUCAUUGUCCUGAGGAUAGAUUCCGAAUCAAUGGCUUCCCUUGCCAGAACGGGAUGGGCUACUGCUUGAUGGGGACGUGCCCCACACUGCAGGACCAGUGCACCGAGCUCUGGGGACCAGGAAGCGAGGUUGCAGAUAAGUCGUGUUACAGAACGAAUGAACGUGGAACCAAGUAUGGAUAUUGUCACAAAGUGGACGACACAGUCAUCCCCUGUAAAGCUAAUGAUUCUAUGUGUGGGAAGUUGUUCUGUCAAGGUGGGUCAAAUUAUGCACUCUGGAGAGGACGUGUAAUAACUUUCCUGACAUGUAAAGCAUUUGAUCCUGAAGACACAAGUCCAGAGAUAGGCAUGGUGGCCAACGGAACCAAGUGUGGCGACGACAAGGUUUGCAUCAAUGCAGAAUGCGUGGAUGUCGAGACAGCCUACAAAUCAACCAAUUGCUCAUCUAAGUGCAAAGGACAUGCUGUGUGUGACCACGAGCUCCAGUGUCAGUGCAAAGAAGGAUGGGCCCCUCCCGACUGCGGUGACUCCUCAGUGGCCUUCCACUUCUCCAUUGUGGUUGGGGUGCUGUUCCCAGUGGCGGUCAUCUUUGUGGUGGUUGCCAUAGUAAUCAGGCACCAGAGCUCCGGAGGAAAGCAGAAGAAAGUUCAGAAACACAUUUUCAAUUACAGGGCACACAAACAGAAGAGGAGACUUCAGGCGGUGAAGGCUGUUCAACCCCAAGAGGUGAGUCAGGUGAAGCUCCAUGUGUCUGAUCUGCCAGUAGAAGACAGUGAACCUCCAGCUUCUUUUCAUAAAGACACAAAAGCACUUCCCUCUAAUGUUUUCAAGGAUAAGCCAAUGUCUACACCUAAGGUACUCUAUGACUGA